AUGGCAACAGCCAACAAAGUCCAACUCACCCUCGGCGAAUGGCCUGAAUUCUACAUCAAAGACAUCAAGCAGGAGUCGGCAACAAAAGCUUCGAAUUUACUACAAGAGAACCAUGAGAACCAUCACAUCUUCUUCAACACCAGUGGCUUCCACAACCAUAUCGCCCACCAUUUGCUAACGAUAUAUUCGUUGGCUGCGACUCCUCNNUCGCAGAUACAGAAGCACUAUGACGACAAUGUGAGCUACCAGCGACCACCUCAGCCUAUUGAGCCAACCAUCAUCAAAGGCAUGGAAGAUUAUUCGCAAUUUAAGAAGUAUCUGGGUAAAGAGCGAUACUAUAACGACUUCCUUCGUUUCUUCCAAGCAGAGAUGGACAAANAAGGUUGGCAGCAGGUUCUUAAUGAGUACUUGUUUGCUGGAGACGAUAGAGCCGAUGAUUUUCUCACCCGAAUGUAUGCGGGUUUCCUCCAUCCAAUCAUUCACUUGGGCUUUGGCAUCGAGUUCCAUCAGCCCGCUAUCAUCGCAGAGGCCCUUGCUCAAGCUGCUGUACAUGAUUCUUGGAUGAAGCCUUUGUUCCAAGGUGCCGAGAAAGCCGCCAAAGCAAGUACUGGACCCUCCAAAAGCGUCGUUGAGUUGCUGGACGAAACACACGCCGAGAAGCGUCUAGCCAAAGCUGCCGAUGUGGAUGGCAACCGCAUCCGCGAUGGCAUAUUGAAGACUGAGGCACAGACAAUGAUCGACAUAGUUGCUCAGUAUCACAUCAGCGAUCCCGCAGAACUUGAAGAGCGCACAGCAGAAAUGACAAACGCAGCCGCCUACUUCAGCGGUGCCGCGCAACGCCGCGACAAAGCCGUCAAGUUUGACUUCUUCUACAUGCACUGCAUCAACUGUUCGAUCUUCUUCUCUGCAUUCCUCAAACAAGAUUGGCUGAGCGACGCCAACAAAGUCCGUCUGUUGGAGUGGAAGGUCCGCAACGACAUUACAUUGUACGCAUCGCGUGGCUGUCCAGAUCUUCUCCUUGACGAAAUUGCAAACUACAAGCCGAGCAAACCAACAUCUACUGCUACCGAUCCUUGGCAUGAUAUUAUUGAACGUGUCAAGAACUUUGAAGACGAUGGACAUGGCUCAAAGUUGGUUAGAGCCUUGGCUCAUGGACAGCAGAUUUGUAAACCAUAUGAGAACAAGGGGAACUUCAGGAUCAAAGAAGAUACGUGGUUACAGCUUGGCCAUAUGGCAAUCGACUCCGUCGAAGGUUCCGAGCCUACCUGGGUUCGUUCAGCUGGCUUCGACAGUGCCUGGGCGAAGGUUCCAGACAGAUCUCGUGCACAGCUUUAA